AUGAACGUCCACACGGCCCAAUACGAGCAGCCAUCCGGCCUUAUGCAAUCUACGGGCACCAGCGUGACGGUGGACAUCGCGGUGAUGGGCGAGGCCCACGGACUGAUCUCAGAUCUGCUGGCUGACCCCUCCCUACCGCCGAACACCUGCAGCACCCUGCGGGCCGUCAGUAACCUGCUCAGCACCCAGUUCACCUUCCAGCCGCUGCACCACCGGCCGCGCCUGAGCCCCCUGCUGGCCUUCAGCGAUGGACACGCCUGCUCCGACUCAGAGGAGGUGCCGGAGAAAGGAGAGAGGCUGGCCAUCUCAAAG